AUGGCAACUGUUUCUAACGGCGCUGAGUACGACUUUGUCGUCGUCGGCGGUGGUACCGCUGGUAAUGCCAUUGCGGGUCGUCUCGCUGAGAACCCCAACGUCCGCAUUCUCGUUGUCGAAGCUGGUAUCCCCAACCCCGACCAGAUCGAGCAGAUAUCCACGCCAUCAAAGGCCUUUACUCUCCGUGGAAGCCAGUAUGACUGGGCCUACAAGACAACUAUGAUCAAGCGUGAUGACUACGAACGUAUUGAAAAGCCCAACACCCGUGGAAAGGCUCUUGGUGGAAGUACAUGUGCCAACUACUUCACCUGGAUCCCCGGAUCAAAACCCACCUUUGACGACUGGGAGGCCUUUGGCGGCAAGGACUGGACCUGGGAUAGCUGCGUGGACUACCUGCGCAAGUGCGCCACCUAUCACGAUGAUGAGAAGCUCUACCCGGCUGAUCUCAAGAAGAUCGGUACCGGCGGCCCUGUGCAGAUCUCCCAUGCCGACUUGGUCCCUGAGAUGGCUGGAUUCCGUGAUGCGCUCACUCAGGCGUGGGUCUCUAAGGGCCAGCCUCUGACUGAGGACAUCUUCGAGGGCGAGAUGCGAGGUCUCACCCACUGCGUUGACACUAUCCACAAGGGUGAGCGCCAGGGCUCCUUCCUCUACCUGCGAAACAAGCCCAAUGUGACUAUCCUCUAUGGAGUGCAGUCCAAGAACUUGAUCAUCGACCCGGAAACCCGCGUCUGCUCUGGAGUUACUGUCAUCAGCCAGGCCUACAACACCGAGAUCAGCGUCUACGCUAGCCGCGAGGUCAUUCUGUCUCAGGGCGUGUUCGAGACCCCCAAGCUUCUCAUGUUGAGCGGUGUCGGCCCCGCAGCUGAGCUGGCUAAGCAUGGAAUCAACACUGUCAUCGACUCUCCCCACGUUGGUCAGCAUCUGCUUGACCACCCCAUUGUGCCCUUCGUGCUCCAGGUCAAGGAUGGAUAUGGCCUAGAUGAUCACGUCCUCCGCCCUGGUCCUCUUAACGAUAAGGCUAUCGCCACAUACAAGCGCGACAAGACCGGCCCUGCCAGCUCUGGAUUCCUCGAGCUUGUUGGAUUCCCCCGCAUUGAUGAACGCUUGGAGAAAUACCCUGCCUACCGCGAGGCCAAGGCUGCCAACGGUGGACUCGACCCCUUCGGUCCCGCAGGCCAGCCUCACUUCGAACUUGAUUUCGUCGGCCUGUUCAGUACUGCCUUCCAAUGGCACUACCCUCUUCCCGAGAAGGGUAACUACAUGACCACCAUCGUCGAUCUGCUCCGACCCCUUUCCGAGGGUGAGGUCACCCUGAACAGCUCGAGCGCCCUUGUCCAGCCUAACAUCAACCUCAACUUCUUCGGCAAUGACCUCGAUAUCCUGGCCAUGCGCGAAGGUGUCCGCUGGACCUACGAUGUUCUGACCAACGGUGCCGGAUUCAAGGACAUCGUUGUCGCCGAAUACCCAUGGAAGAUGCCUCUGCAGUCCGAUGAGGAGAUGAACAAGGCGGUUCUUGACCGAAGCCAGACUGGUUUCCACCCUUGUGGUACCGCACGUCUCUCUAAGAACAUCCAGCAAGGUGUUGUUGACAACAAGCUCCGAGUCCACGGAAUCCGCAACCUCAGAAUUGCCGAUGCCUCAGUGAUCCCUGUCAUCCCUGACUGCCGUAUCCAGAACUCUGUCUACAUGAUUGGUGAGAAGGGCGCCGACAUCAUCAAGUAUGAGCACAAGGACCUCUACGAGCAGCAAAACAUCCCGUACUUCCUCCCCAGCAGACUGUGA